AUGGCAAGCGAGAACAACAGCGUCGUCUACAUCGCCGUCAUCGGAGAACAGCGGGAACUGAUUGUUUCUCGCGCGUUCGGUAACGCUGACGAGGCGCAGCUGCAGCUGUCUGCAUAUGCUGCCAUGGACGUUAUUCAGGAAAAAAUGGUCAUCCAACACUAUUCGGCCACGCCGGGAGAGCAGUCCGACCCUUAUUUGGGGUUCAUUACUCCCACGCUGCUUGGUGAGGAAUUUUACAAGGUGCAUGCCUACAUGGCCGCCACUGGCUUCACCAUUAUCGCAAUUUUCGACGAGCAUGACGCUCCCCUGGAGUCAAUCAGACAGCUUUUCGAGAAGAUACAUAUCCUCUUUGCGAACACAAUGUGCAACCCAUUUAUGUCCAUGAAAUUUCACUCGCCGAGGUUUUACGCCGGUUUAGAGAAAAUCGCAUCGGAGUUCACCACAUCGCACUAA